AUGGGUCUUCCGGCACGUAGAAAGCGCGUUAUACUUCCUAUGUAUAAGGCUACUGACCAUACACCGUCCGUUUAUAGUGAUCAAUUUUCAAAUAGAUUGAUACCCGUAGGAUAUUUUCUCAGUAACUUAGAUGAAAUCGGACCAGCUCAUUGGAACAAUCCUCAAUCGGCUGAUUACUCUUUAAAGAUAAUUAAACCUCAAGAAGUUGAUUAUUUUUGUAAUUAUUUUAAUCAAUUUUGCGAAAAGAACAAUAUAUUAAAUAGAAAUUUAAACAGUUUACAUCAUAUUGUUAGAAGCAAUUGUAUAAUUAAUCAAAAUCAAAACAUGUCACAACAACACGGAUGUCAAGUAUCUGAAACUGAAUGGCAAGGGCAACAUUCAUUAGAUUGUCAAACGACUACAACAGCCUUACCUGUAGUUUGUAGCGAUAAAUUUUGUUCCGCUGCGGAUGCUGCUGCUUUAACAAUCUAUUUUAAUGCUGCUAUGAUUAAUUAUAAGCAAAUAAUAAGUAGUAUUCAACGUUAUGAUGAUCAAGUCAAUAACGUUAUUCCUUCACCACCUUCUUCUCCACCUUCUUCUCCAAUAGUAAAUUCUCAUCAUUCAACGAUUCAUAAUGAUAAUGAUGAUAAUAAUUCAAUUACAAAUAACAUUUCAAAUAACAUUUCAAAUAAUAUUUCAAAUAAUCCAUUGUCUAUUCAGAAAAGUUCACCACCUCCGGGAUCACCACCUGAAUAUUAUUUUCAUAUUCAUACUUUGAUAUUGGCUACCCAAUCGGGGUACUUUAAUCAACUUUUUGGUCCGAUAAACAUCCACUCUUCUUCAUCACAAUUACCCAAUACUUUAUUUGUACCAAUACCAUAUCCCGAAUGUUUUGGUACUAUAUUACAUUGGCUAUAUCAUCAUGAUGAUGACGCUUGGUUAGAUGUUAUAAAUGAAGAAAAUUUUGAAAAAUUUUAUUGGAAUAUAAGAUUCUUAAAGUUAGGUAAAGAAGCUUAUGAUGUUUUAGAUGAAUGGAUCGAUGAGUGUAUGGAAGAUGGUAUUAGUUUCGAUUGUUUCGAAAAUACUGAGAUCAUUCAAGAUUGGUAA